AUGGAUAAAUGGCUUAAAAAAGUUGAGCCUGACACUGAACCUACUCAAUUGAUUUUAAAUGAAACAGAAAUCAUUGAUGAACCGGAACCUUUGCUGAGUUCGUUUAUUACUGAUUCAAGUUUAGUGACUGAACAAGAGCUAGAAGUUUCUCAACCAUCAAAAACAGACAAAAAAAAAAAACCUGCUGAAAGAAAGUUUAAUGAAAAAUGGCUAACUAUGACAGAGUACAAAAAUUGGCUUACUACCAAAACUAACAUAAAACAAAAAGAAGUAGCUUACUGUAAGGUUUGCAGUUCUUUAAUGAGUCCUCACCUUACCGAAAUUAAGAGACACGGACAAUCCGCCAAACAUAUUUCAAAUUCUAAUCAAGUGGUCCAGCAAAAUUCGGUCAAUGAAGUUUUUAAAAUGUCAUCAUUGACCGAAAAAACCAGAAUUGCUGAAUUGAAACUAACUGCCCUUUUUGCUACAAAUAAUUUGCCCUUUUCAUUGUCCGACACACUUACCCCUCUACUGAGUACAAUAUUUCCUGAUUCUAAAAUUGCCAAAAACUUAACUUUGAAGAGAACUAAAGCAACGGCAGUUAUGAAAAAUGUAUUAGGCAAUAACUUUUUAAAUGAACUGUGUGAUACACUCAGGGAACCUGGUUCUUUUUACUCACUAAUAAUGGAUGAAACUACAGAUAUUUCUGAAAUCAAACAGUGUGCAGUUGUCAUCAUAUAUUUUGAUACAGAAUCAAUGACUGUAAAAACUCAGUUUUUGGAUAUGAUUGAAACUAUUUCAGGAACGGCUGAUGAUCUGACAGAUGCUCUUCUGAAAUGUGCUUCAGAUAAAGGUAUAGAGAAAAAUAUGAUGGUUGGAUUUUCUUCAGAUACAACAAAUGCCAUGGCCGGCAAGUUCCACUCUGUUUUUACAAACUUGAAAACCGCUGUACCAGGUAUUGCUUGUAUUAAGUGUUCUUGUCACAUGAUUCAUCUUUCUGCAUCCAAGGCUUGUCUAAAACUACCACGUUCAAUCGAAGAUUUAUUGCGCAACGUGGGAUCUCAUUUUAGUAGGAGUCAUUCACGUCAAUCCAAAUACAAAGCCUUUCAGGAAUUUUUUCAAGUGGAAAUACACAAAAUAUUAUCACCAUGUACAACUCGCUGGCUGUCACUAAAAGCAUGUGUUGACAGAGUAUUAGAACAAUUUCCUGCUCUCAAAGAAUAUUUUAGACUGGUAAAUUUUGAAGAUCCCUCCAAAACGUCAGAAUUAAUUUUUAGUACCAUGGAAAAUUCCUUUAGUAUAAUCUACCUCGAAUUCAUGUCAUAUUCACUUGGUCUCCUGACGAACUUCAACACUUUGUUUCAAGGUGAAGGGCCUUUAUUACAUCUACUUAAACCUGAAAUUGAAAAGUUGUUGAAAACUAUAAGUAUGAAUUUUUUUACUAUUGAGUAUAUAAGAAGCCUUGACACAAUAAUGAAUGUUUCUCCUAAUUUGUCACAAUAUUAUCUUCCAUUAAAUGAAAUUUAUAUUGGUAUAAGUGCUAACGAUUCGAUAACGACUUUAAAAAACCAAAACGUUGUUGACUCAAAUGAAAUAUUUAAGUUUUUUAAAUCAUGUCAAGAAUACUAUAUAGAACUUGUAGUGGACAUAAAAAAAAGAUUUGUAUUUGACGACUCUGUAUUUGAAUGUAUAACUGUGACAAAUCCAGCUUUAGUAAAACUAUUCAAGACAAAAUCUUUAGCUAAUAUAUUAAAAAGAUUUCCAGUUCUAAAUAAUUUCAUAGACAACGCACAAGAAUUGGACAAGGAAUGGAGAGAACUAGCACUCAUGGAAUUAGAACCAGUAGAACCAUCAAAUCCAAAUGAUAUUAUGGAAUACUGGAGAAAAGUAUUUUGUUUGAAAAACUCAUUAGGUGAGAUUUAUUUUCCGAACAUAUUUUUCGUAAUGAGACUCUUAUUGGCUUUACCAUUUUCCAACGCAUCAGUUGAACGUCUAUUCAGCGAUCUUAAAAACAUCAAAACUAUGCAUCGCAAUAAACUUAAAACUGAUUCAUUGGUAGGGAUUCUAAGGACAAAACAUUCCGUUGUAGAUUGUAUUGCUUUUAAACCUUCAGCUGCAAUGGUUAAAAGCAAGACUUGGGACUCCUCUAAUAUUAGAGAUCAACAUUGA